UUUACAGCGGAAAUAUAAGCUCUAAAAUUGUUGAAAGAUUAAUUAUUUACCCACAAAUAAUAUAUAUAUUUCUGUCUUUUUGAUGAAAUCACUGAAAUAUGACACACCGAGAGGAUAUCUGUCUGUAUAGUCCAGUUGGUGGCGGUAAUGCGCCCAUAAGCUGGUUUGCCAACCUCCAAUAAACUACAACUAAGAAGAAGAAGAAGAAGAAGAAGAACCACCUAGUGGACAACAUGAGAACUGCAACAACACAGAGGGGGAAACAUGGCGGCUGCCGUGAGGCUCACAUCAAGGUUGACUCUGGUCACUGGAGGAGGCAGUGGGAUUGGGCGGGCGGUGUGUCAGCGCUUUGCUUCUGAGGGCGCCUCGGUGGUGGUCGCUGAUGUCAACGAGGAGUCUGCCAACGAGACCCUGGUGAGCCUGCAGAAUGACCUCAGAGGACAGGGUCACAUGGCGGCCGUGGUGGAUGUGUCAUCGAAAGACAGCGUGAAGAAGCUGGUCACAAAUAUACAGACUCAUUACUUUCAGCCUCCCUCAGUUUGUGUGAACGCAGCAGGCAUCACUCAGGACGACUUCCUGCUCAACAUGGAGGAGGAACACUUCGACAGAGUCAUCCAGGUCAACCUGAAGGGCUCCUUCUUGAUCACUCAGGCUGUCGCUCAGGCUCUGGUAGCCUGUGGAGCACCCAAAGGAUCCAUCAUCACUGUGGGCAGCAUCGUGGGAAAGGUGGGGAACCUUGGACAGGUGAACUAUGCCGCCUCUAAAGCUGGAGUGGAGGGUUUGACCAGGACGGCAGCCAAAGAGCUCAGCAGGUUUGGGAUUCGCUGUAAUUGUGUCCUGCCCGGUUUUAUAACGACUCCGAUGACGGAGAAAGUUCCAGAGAGGGUCAUAAGCAGGAUGAAGUCUUUGGUGCCUCUGGGGAGAAUGGGUGACCCUGCAGAGGUAGCUGACGUUUGUGCCUUUCUAGCUUCAGAUGACUCUCGAUACAUCACAGGAACCAGUCUUGAAGUCACAGGUGGACUUUUCAUGGGCUGAAUCGUCUGUCCGACAGAUGAAGACUGAUGAGAGGCCAGUUCCAUCAUCGUUAGUUUGGUUAGGAUAUGUUUGUUAUUUAAUCUUCAGUCAUGAUUGGUGCUAAUAAUAUCUUUAAGAUCUGAAUGGACUAAAUGUAUGAUACAAUGUAAAGCGAACUAUUGAGCCAAUAAAACGGUUUUUACUUUUUCUGUAUAAAAAUGCUCAAAUUGA